AUGGGUAGCUUCAGUGACAAGGAUGAAGAAUCUCAAUUCUUUGAUGCCUCAGAUCACAUUGCAGCAGAAUCCAAAUCGAGUUAUGGGUGCCCUAGGAGUGAUAUUUGUGAAUAUGACGUAUGGAUGAGGAGUCCUCAAAGCAUUACAGAGCGACGUAGGAAAUUCAUUAGAUGGAUGGGAUUGAGCCCGGAUAAGUUAAAAGGAGACAAUUUACAUAACGUAUUUGACGAUUGUAAAAACCAACACGUUUUCAAAGGAGAUGUUGGGAGACUUACGGAGAAUUGUGGGACUGUACUUAGAACCUCGAUUCCUGGGGAUGAAUUUUCUUUAAGCCAAUCUUCUGCAUCAAGUUGGUCCAGUGAUGCUUUUGAUUUGUCGAGUGCAGUUGUUUCAAGUGAAGAAUUUGUAUGUAGAACUGGGUAUCCAGAUGGUGCAAGUGGAAUUAGUUUAGAUGAUAUUGGGGAGGAGGGCAAGCCAAGUAAUCUUCAAGAUGGUGAGUUGGGCCAAUUUCUGACGGCAAGGGAGUUUGUGAAUGUUUCUCAGUCCUCUCCCUUGCUACAGCUAAUUAAUGAAAAUACUUCAAGAAUAAUGAAUAAAAUGAAAGAUAAAUGGUUGAAUAGAUUGCGUUCGAUGAGGCGCUUAAUGAGUAUGGGUCAGAAAGAUGAUAUUCUUCCAUCCAAUAGUUCCAAUCAACUUCAGAGCACUAGAGUUCAAAGAGUCGGGGUUCGCCAUUGUCGGAAAACGUUAAAGGAACUUUCAGCUCUUUUUACAGGACAAGAUAUUCAGGCCCAUGAGGGGUCCAUAUUAACAAUGAAAUUCAGUCUUGAUGGGCAAUAUCUAGCUAGUGCUGGCGAAGAUAAAUUUGUGCGCAUUUGGCAAGUGGUGGAAGACAAGAGGUCAGAUAAUAUUGACAUUCCUGAUGCAGAUCCAUCUUGCAUAUAUUUUUCAGUUAAUCAUCUUUCUGAAUUGGCACCUCUCAUGGGAGAGAAAGAUAAAGCUAACAAAUUCAAGAAUCUUGGAAAAACAUCUGACUCUGCAUGUAUCAUAUUUCCUCCGAAGGUAUUCCGAAUUUUGGAGAAGCCCUUGCAAGUGUUCCAAGGACAUGAUGGAGAGAUCUUGGAUCUUUCAUGGUCAAUGAAUAAUUGUCUGCUUUCAUCAUCAGUUGAUAAAACUGUUCGUUUGUGGCGGGUUGGAGUUGAUCGGUGCCUCAAGGUCUUCGUGCAUAGUGAUUAUGUGACCUGCAUUCAAUUUAACCCUGUGAAUGAUGAUUACUUCAUCAGUGGUUCAAUAGAUGGAAAGGUUCGCAUUUGGACGAUCAAUGGUUGUCAAGUCGUCGACUGGGCUCAAAUAAAGGAUAUAAUCACUGCAGUAUCUUAUCAUCCCAUUGGGCAGGGAGGUAUUAUUGGCUCAAUUACAGGCACCUGUCACUUUUUUAAUAUAUCAUUAUCAGACAAUCAUAUUCAAUUGGGAGCUCAGACAUGCUUAACGAGUAAGAAAUCACCCUGCAAACGGAUAACUGGCUUCCAGUUUUCUCCACAAGACCCCAGCAAAGUAUUGGUUGCAUGUACCGAUUCACAAGUCAGAAUCCUUGAUGGGAUGAAUGUGAUUGGGAAAUAUAGAGGAUUAAGAAAUUCGGGAAACCAGAUUUCUGCUUCAUUCACUUCAGACGGAAAACAUAUUGUAUCGGCAUUCGAGGAUUCUAAUGUUUACUUGUGGAACUACAUUGAUAAGGUAGUGUAUUCUGCUUCGCAGCCAAAAGCCAUUAGAUCGUUUGAGUGUUUCUCCUCUGAUGCAUCUGUUGCAAUACCUUGGUCCGGCUUGAGAAUUGAGAAUCCAGAGAACAGGUUCAUAUCAAGCAAACUUGACAAAAAUUCUAUUAAUUCAUUGCCUUUCUCAGCGUCCACUCGAUUCUUUUUGGGCCAAGAGUUUUUACUGGAGUCGAACCCCAGGGGAUCUGCAACUUGGCCAGAGGAAAAGCUUCCCGUGUCUAGUCCUCGAGUCGCAACAUCUCCAUUGUGUAGAUCUCAAUACAAGCUUUUCAAGAACUCUUAUCAGAGUUUAUCGAGUUCGCAUUUGUGGGGUCUAGUUAUCGUUACUGCAGUUACUGGCCCAGAAACGAAACCGAGUCAUGUGCAAGAAGAUAUCGAAUUGAUUAUGUGUAUCUGCCUGAUGGAAAAGGCCGUGGGACCUUGUACAAUUGCUGUUAAUGGUGGGACUGCUCACAACAUGGUCAGUGGUCGAAAUUCGUUUGAAGAAAAUAGUGGGGAACGCCAUUUUUUAUGGCGUGUUUGCUUGUCUGCCAUUUUGUUCCAGUUCAAGUUUGCUAGCCAUGGCUCGAUAGGUCUUCUGGGAGCCUAA